AUGGCGGUAAAGACAUUGUCCCUUUCCGAACUGCGCCGGGAGUUCCUGGGAAAGGAUUGCUUGCAGGGUUGGGACAUCCUCGUUUCCUACCACACAUCUGUGCUGAACGAGAUUUUACGACAAAGAGCCUCAAAGAUAGAUGGCUUGACCAAAAUCCCAGAGUGGCCAGCGGUCUGGGUGGAUCCCAUCACCUCUGAAACUGUGACAUCUACAGUGUCCAUCUCAUUGUCGAACCCUACUAUCAGUUUUAAAGACAGCCAAGCAUCUGUGGUCGUAACCUUCCACUUGACCGGAGAAAGCCGUCGAGAAAAUUCGUCCGCCCCUGAUGUGCUUCCUCCUGGCUUACUUCUCCAGCUGGAUACAAAACUCGUCGAUGUCCGCGGCACAGUAGCCGGCUCUGGCGCCGCAGCAGAAAUUCACACCUCCCCCUCGGAGAAUGGAGAAGCCCCGUCGAGGAUUUCAAUCCUGGAGCCUGGCACCGAACAUGCCCGGGCCGUUGCUAUCGACUUUCGUUCGGGCACCAUUACUAUCGUACCCGAAACUGGGGUAUCUCUGUCCGAGGACCAAACGGUCUUUGUCAAUUGCAUUGCAACGGAUAUCCAAGAGCACUUUCAAAAGUCUGUUGGCUUAGACUGCUACCUGGGAAGCGUCUCAAACAAGACUGCCACUGGUACUCUCAGCUCCUUAAAGCCAACGACAUUCAGCUUUUCCACCAUUGCCAGCGAUGCACGCACCCCGGGAGUUCUGUGCAUGUGGAUUGGCGUAGAAGGGGGUGCUGGUAACUAUACCGUUCCUGACGAAGGCCUUCCUUUGCAAAUGAAAAUCAACACCACCGCAUACAACCCGGUUCCCAAGGACCAUACGGCAAGCAUCAUAUUCAGCCACCAUAUCAUGGCAAACAAAUUCUUCCUUCCCGCCUUAGCAGCCAGCAAUAUGAGCAACGCCAAAUGCGAAACCGUUCUAGGGAAUCCGGGGAUGAAAUUUCUGUUCAACCUCCCCUCACUAGCCCUUCAUGUGGACAAGGUAGACGAAUUAGGCUCCAAUAUCCUGGUCAAGUGGCAUCGAAAACUGGAUGCGGUUGAUUUCAACAUGAAAGAUUCCAGUGUAUGGUUGGAGAUAGGGGAGAAAGUGGCCAUCAACUGGUCCCACGAGGUGAAGCUUAAAUGGUCGUUCUAUAGAGACCCGACGUUUGGAAAUGCCGAAACUACCCAAGGCGACAUUACCAUGACCUUUAAAGUGGUAGAAAGCGGUGAUUGGAAACUAGCUGGUAAUAAAGUCGGGUUCGUAAUCCGUUUCCCCGAGAAGUUCGGCAUCACGGUCGUUGCAAGCGAGAAGUCCGAUUUGGAGAAGCUUUUUCUGGAAUCCGAGCAAAUUCCAGAGGAGUACAAGAAAAUUUCCAUGGAGAUUCCAGUGGCAGAUGUGGAACUGGACUCGAUGGAUUAUUUCUUGACGACUAACUUGGUUUUCCCUGGAUACACAUCUUUCGUGCCGGGCAACCCUGACAAUGGUCUUGUUGUACCUCGAGAUACGAUUAUCACCGGGGAGAUCAAAACAUGGGAAACGAAAUCGGAUGUUACCGCGAAAGGGGCUGAGGUUCAAUCGCUACCAGUCUCAUUGGAGGCCGCGAAUCAGAUCUAUGGGACUAACGAGUCAGCCAACGAACCGGGAGUCACCGCCCUUACGAAGUCAACAGAUGUGGCGGCAGCAACUGAGGACAUUCUAGCAAACGUAGCAACUCCCCCUGUGCAGAGCCCGCCCAUACAAGUAAUUACAAAACCCGCUUCACAGCUGCCGAAAGACCUUCUGGACCCCAAGGGAGCAUUCUUCAGAGAUAUUACAAGGGCAUCACUGGACAAAGAAAGCCCGUUGCGAGCAACAUUACGCGUCCUGGAUCAACACGGAUACGGCCAAGUAACUGAAGCAGAAAUCAAUCAAAUGCUCAACGUUGCAACGCCGAAAGUUGAGAACAAAGAUCCGACGACAGAAGUGAAUAAAGGGAGAAUCCUUCAAGAAGGAAAUGCACAAUCUUCGCUGUUCUCGCUAAACCUGUUUAGCGGGAGGUAUAUCAUCGACGGUUCCUCUAGGGAACUGAUUGUGAAUGCCCAUACUGGUAGAAUCAAGGUUGACGGAGUUGAAGCCGUUCCGACAUUUUCAACAGACCCAAUCACGCAUAUCACCACAACCACAUGGAACGUACCUUCGAAAACAUAUUCCGUGGUUUUUAGUAGCGAUAUCCUAGAUGAUGACACUUUCCAACCCAAUUUUACUGGAAAAGUCAACAAUGACGAUAUCUCUGGAAAGAGGAGGAUUUUGGACAGCAAAGAUAAACGGAUUUUAUCUGCCAACGCCAGCGAUAUCAUCACGAUACUUGGGUUUAGUGUAGGACACACUUUGACCUUAAUCGGCCUUGGCCUUGCCAUCCGCUGGCGCCCAAGGGAUAAGAUUCAACAGGACCCUGCUCAACCUGAACUGAGUAGGAGAGUAUCCCGGGAAGAAGCAGAGAAACUACUUAAGCAAUCUGAAAAGGCCGGCGCCGCAAAGCAGGAGAUAAUCAUAGAGUUAAAAGAUAUGCUCAAAGAUAACUCGGAACACAAGGCCGAUGCAAGGGCGAGCAUGGCUGAUGUCGAAGGGGUCUUCAUGGCUGAUGUUAAUAAACUUUUAGAAACGGAAUCAACCCGGAUACGAGACAGUUUUCAGGGCGAAGCUGUUCAACAACUAGCAGAAGGAUCCGGCGAGGCCUUCGAGGCCCAAGUAACGACUAUUAACGAGAUGCUCAGGCAGCGAGUGGAAACGUAUGUGCAACAGAACAUCAGUCCAAGUAUCCACGAAAGCUUGAUGGUUUGGAAACAAGUUGGAAUCAUGACUGAGGGCGAAAUAGGCGAAAUCGCCAAAAAUUGUCUGAAACCACUUAUUGAGCGGCAGCUAGCAGAUUUGACAAAAAAAGAAGCUGGUAAACCCUCAGUGGCUGAAGCAAUAGUCAAGUAUACUGCGAUUGAAAAGCACGUUCUUGAGCGAGAAGCAGUCUUUAAGGAUAUUGAGGCGGCCACACGAACCGCAAGUGAAGUGGAGACCGGGUUGAACAAGACAUAUACUGAAAAGGAAACGGCUAUAAAGCAAAAAGAGACAGCGAAAGAUAACGAAAUGGACGCGGAACGGAAGAAGGUGCUGGAAAGGCAAUUAGAGACGCUGAAAAAGGAGUUGGAAGCAAAAAAACUUGAACGCGAAGCCGCUGCCAAAGACGCCUUGGAGAAAUCGAACCGCUUGAAGAAAGAGAGAGUGGAGCUGGAGAAGAAGCAAAAGAAUAGAGACCUGGAACGGAAGAAGAAAAUCGAGGCGGUGGAAGCGGCCCUCAAGAAGAAGCAUCACCAUAGAUAA